GUGAUCUCCGUCUGGUGAAGGGAAUGAUUGUAGUUUUAGCGGGGUUGAUGCUUAAGCCAACCCCACUACACCAUCCCUUUGCCAGUCCCAAUCCCCUCUGAACGAUAUCGCAGAGUGUGUCUUCAAAUUUUCCUCUAGCUAAGAUAACAAUGUCAUCCGCAUAUCCCUGACAGCGGAUUCCAUUGCUAGUCAGCCGCUCAAGGAGAUCGUCCACAACUAGGCUCCAAAGUAGGGGGGAUAGCACUCCACCCUGUGGGCAGCCUCUUGUUGUUCCCAGACGAAUUUUAGUUUCUCCUACUGCGGUUUCCGCCACCCUAGUGCGCAGUACGGCUGUAAUCCAUCUGCGCACUGGUGCUGCCACGCUCCUUUUCUCUAGUGCUCUUGACACGCUCUCGUGAGACGUGUUGUCAAAGGCACCUUCUAUGUCGAGGAAGGCACAUAACACCACCUCGCCCCUAUCUAACGAAUUCUGGAUCUCUGAGGUUAGCUGGUACAGAGCAGUGUUUGUUGACCUGCCUGCUCUGUAAGCAUGUUGCUUCUCAUGAAGCGGUGAUGCCUUCAGCACCUUCGAUCGUACUUCGUGGUCUAUGAUCUUUUCCAUACUUUUGAGUAGGAAGGAAGUAAGACUGAUUGGCCUGAACGAUUUCGCCAAUGAGUAGUCUUUCCUCCCUACUUUGGGUAUGAAGAUCACCUUUGCGGUGCGCCAUGGUUCUGGGAUAUACGCCAGCGCUAGGCUAUCCCUCAUCAGCCGAACAAGGUGGGGCAGUAGCACCUGCUCCCCCUGUUGCAGGAAAGCUGGAAGGAUACCGUCCGCACCCGGUGACUUAUAUUUUUCAAAGGAGGCCAGCGCCCACUUGAUGGAGUCUGCAGUGAAGAGCUGUUUUGCGACUGUCCAGUCCAAGCGUGACGGCCUACGUUCGACCAUAGGUCGAAUCUGGUCUUCUUGAAUCGUCUCCGGGAAAUGCGCUAGUAGAAGAGCCGUAGCUCUUUCUUCUGCGCUGGACGUAUAGGUCCCAUCAGAUCGUUUAAUCGCUAGUGCUGUGUCCGUCUUUCCUCUAGCCAGAGCCUUAUGCAGUCUAGCUGCCUCUGGGGUUGAGGAGACGCUCUCACAGAACUUCCUAAAGCUCUUCCGUUUCGCGGUCCUAAUCUCCUUAUUAUAAGCAGUUAGGCUGCAUCUGUAAUCCUCCCAGUUUCCGGUGCGCUUAGCCUUAUUGAAUAGCUUGCGCACCGUUUUUCUUAGUACUGAGAGUUUACUAGACCACCAGGAGCAUUUACCGCCCUUGCCGGUUGUCUUUAGGGGGCAGCUGCUAUGAUAAGCUUCUAUAAUGGAUUGGUUUAGGGCAGACAGUCUGCUCUCCAAUCCAGAAGCCGUUGCGCUUCUAUCCAGCUGCUCCCUACUGCUAAUUCUAGUUGCGAGUAAUUCCCUGAAAACGGCCCAGUCCGUGUUCCCAGGGAUACGUUUGGGAGGGAGUUGCUUGACCCCCAUCCCCAGCACGAAUCUUAUGAUACGGUGAUCCGACAUGGAGGGUUCCGAUGAUACCCUCCAUUGUGAGAUCAGCCCUACCUCAGACUCGUUACUGAGCGUGAUAUCAAGCACCUCCCUUCUGACACUAGUUACAAAAGUGGGUUCGCACCCCACAUUUGCUAUACUUAUCCACUUAGAUUAAUAGGUCCUCAAAUUUUUGUAAGGUAUGGAAAUACAUGUUGGAUUCUUGUAAACGCUCCCUGAAGUUUCAGUUUUUGUUCUAUAAAAGGAUCCAACGUAAAAAACUUUUUAUUUUUAAUUUAAACAUACAUAUACACACAACGUUAAAUACUUGUAAAUCACUUGUUUUCUUAUUCUGCUCAAACAUAUAUUUAUUAUAAAAAUCUUACGAUUUUUGCCAAUUUUGGAUAGUUUCACAAACUUUUUUUUUUGAUAAUUGAGAAAGACAUAAGUAGUGGGUUUUGUGAAAGAUAAAACAUUAUAACCAAACUUUUUUAAUCUUUUCGCUACCUUAUAUAAUAAAAAAUCGUACGUACAACUAUAUAUGUAUUUAACGUUUUAUGUUAAAUAUAUCCAAUUAAAAUUUUAAGCGUUGAGGAGACUGCAACUGUAAGCGACAACUAGGUAUAAAUGAAUGUGUAGGAUAACACUAUAUGUACACGAGAUAUUUUGUCAUUUUUCAGUUUCGUAAUUCAGCCAUUUGCGCUUCGAAAAGAGCAGUAUUUAUUUUAUGUUUAAGACCCAAUAAUACUUCACGAUUCGUUAUGUUGCGCAUUUCAUUCGAUACAUAUUCGCCAUAAGUUGAAUAUUCGUCUCGUAUAUGACCGGAUGUGUGAAAUACUUUUGGGCCAGAAUUUGCAUUGGAUGUUUUAUCCAUACUUCGUCCCGGCAAAUGUUGCUUUUGUUGACUGUUGAUUUUGAUUUUGGAAUUUAACAAUAUGUUGGUUGGAUGUGCAACUGCAGAAGGCGUGGAUUCUAUAGGCACUGAAUUUUGUUGUCCUGUGCUUCCAUAGAAAACACGUUUGUCCUCAUGCGACGGAUCAACUUCAUCUUCAUACUCAAUUUCAUGAUCAUUACAUGAAUUAUUAUGUUGAGCUUUUAUAAUACGUGUAGAUAUUGUUUGCUGAUUAUGAGAAAUAUCUUCACAGGCGUCAGCUGCUGUCGAAGAUGUGUAUGUGAUUUCUUCCUCUUCUCCCUGUAAUUGAAUAGCUUCCAGCUGUUCUUCAUCCCCUUCUGUAUUUAUUCUAUGACUACUAAUUUGCUCCUCAGAUUGCAUUUCACUGUUAUAACUUUGUUGCUCCAUUGUAAUGGUCAUUUUUUGCUUGUCAUCAGCUUCAUCAAUAUCUUUGGUAGUUUCUUCAAUUAACUUUUCUAAUGCGCGGGAUCGACUGGUAUUACGGUAAUGUCUAGAGUUGCCUAUGGGCUCUAUCGCAAUAGCAGGCUUUUGAUGUAUCAAAAAUUCUUCAUUUACAUUGUUAUUCAAAUUCACAGAACUUCCACUGCUAUCGUGAUGAGUAUUCGAAUCUCUAAUAAUAUAUUUUGAUGUCACUGUACCAUCUUCUGUAAUUUCAUUUUUAAUACGUCCUCUCGACAGCCGUCGAGCCAUUGGAGAACUUAAAAACUGCAAGUUCUUGAAACCAAACCAUUUGGAGUUGUAGGGCUCUUUACGGUUCAUUCGAUUUAUUUCGCGAUGGUAUUGAGUGCGCAAAGUGUGGAACUUCUUUUCGAUCUCAUUAACGGAUAUGCUUCCACCAAGACUAUUACUCACUUCUAUCAGAAGAUUUUGUUUAAUAUCCUUUUUCCUAUAAUCAUCAUGUGUCAUAUCCCAUAGACCUCGUCUUUUACGGUAUUCAUUAAUAAGAGUAAGUGUUCUUUCUCUCGUCCAUUCCAUGAUUGAUUGUUAAUAUCCACAAUACAAAUUAUAUUGAAAUUACUAUUCAAGUAAUUCCUUUAAGUUACUUAUCUAAAUCGUUAAAUUUGUUGGAAAACCCCCGAUUAUUGUUAAAAGUCCCAAGAUAAAUGGCUUUCCGGCUGAAGAAUAUUAUGUAAAAUAUUCUUUAAAAAUGUGCUCAAAUCAAUUCAUACACUUAUGUAUAAGUGCAAAUACCCAAUUAAAAAAUCUUAUCGGUAAACAAUUUUUGAUUCACUUAGACUACAAUUAUUUUUUAGUCUCCAUAUUUAACAAUCGGGACCCAGUUAUUCACGAAUUGUUUUUCCUCAUCUUGGGAGACUUUUUGACAUUUAUUAAUUCAAAACAGAGUUGCCACUGAAUUAUGCUACACAUCUCUUCACUUCUAAAUAGUAACACAAGCGGUCUUUGCUACACUAUUUCUCUGUGCACUGCUGUCUUGUCAAAAAAGUUACUUGUGCAAGCAACAAUAAAGCUAUCGAGUUAAAUUCGUACAAGAGAAUACACAGAUACCUCAUUAAAGUGGUAUAACCGCUAUCUUCAAUGCUAUGAAGUUUUAUAUCGGAGCUCAGUACCAUCAUAUAGCCGCAAGUCUCUAAUUUUGAAAUUUUAAAUUACAGACAAUUUUUAUGACUUCAAAACGAACAGAUCUAAUCAGCUGUUACAUUUCGUUAUUUAGAGAUGUAUAUAAAACCUGAACAAAAAUAAAUUGACGAUAACAAAUAUUAAAGUUUCUAUAACGCAGUCAAAAAAUGUUGACUUUGAUUCACAAUAGUAACCAAAAUUAUUUGAAAUUGAUUUGAUUGAUACAAAAUAUGAAAAACCGACAAUCGAUUAAUAUCUAUAAAUGAAGUGUCAGUAUAUUCAAAAUGGAAGACAAUAAUUGUUAUUAGUUUUGUAACCUGCUUACUAUCAAGUGACAAAUUUGAGACAGUAUUUUUUGUUUAAAGACUGGAGUCUGUAUUGUAAAUAGUAACUUGUCACAAAUCUGCUUUAAAAUGUCUCAAAUAGUGACUAGAGACUGCUUAGUCCUAGUUCAUACAUAGACUGUUUUGUCGCCCAAACCGGUUUUUGGUGGAUGAGGGUACGACGAGGAAAGACGAACGAACCGUGCCGCAUGUGCUCGGGUUGUGUUUGAUGCUACGCAAUUCAGCAUUCCUUUUCGUUUUGAAACUCUUUUCAUCGUUGCGAUAGCGCUCAAAGGAAUAUAUACGACUUGUUAGGAAAUCUAAAUUUCGUUAUCUAUUUUUUGUAUGUAUUUAAUUUAAAUUUUUAAUAACAUUUAGCGGUAUUAAAUGUAAUAAUAUAUACAUAAAUGAAUUCUGAUAAAAAUGGUUUAACUUACUUUUCUAUAUUUACAUAAAAUAUUAAACGCUUUCAUAUUUAUUUUUUUAACCGCAAAUGAUUUAGUUCGAAUGUCGUUUUAUUUAAAAUAAGAAUUGUAAUUAAUUCAUGAAUGUUUUAUAAUAAAAAAAAAAAAAAUUUAUGGAGUAAAAAAAUUAUGGGUUUUAAUACUUUCAAAGAUUAGAAAAUUCCUGUCAUAUUUAUGACCUUGAAAAUAUUAGUAGCGGGUAUUCAAUAGAUUCUGGUUGAUUAGGGAAUUCUCGACUAAAGUAUUUCUUUAUAACUGUUAAGCGGGUAUUAUACAUAUUGGUCUACCACAUUUAUCGUAAUUCCUUGUAAGCAAAAUGUGAGAUCACCAUACCAACAUACUAAUGAAUUAUGCAACACACUCUAAGUGUCGCUUAGCCGAACCGCACAAACAUUUGAAAAAAUUUUAUGAAGAGAAAUGACAGAAAAUCUACUCGAGUUGCUGGACUCUUUUCAUACACAUACAAACGCAGGUUGCACCACAAGUGUUGUCCAAUCAUUUGAACAUCUAGACGGUUUGUUCGAUUCGCUUCUCUCCAACGCUUGGCGAAUUGAAGACAGCUAAAGUCUGCUAUUUAAAAGUGCUUACUCCUUCUUUCCAAAGAUAUUAAUUAUAACCGCUAUACAAAAAAUUUGUGAGUAAAAUAUGAAAAAAGGAAAAACUUAAUUUUGAUCUAAUGCAUUUUUCUAUUUUCUUAAAGACAUGGUAAAUUCUUCUAAAUUAGUAUAAUUAAAAAAUAACUGUAUAUGGGUUAUUAUGUUGUGAUAAUUAUUCUUUGGUUCACAUGCAAAAUAUGUAGAUGUGGUAACACCAUUUGCUAGUAUACAAUUGUAUUCCAUUAUUCUUGUGUACAUCAUUUUCGUUAUUGGCUAAAUAAAUCGAAAUGAGUAAAGUGUGGAAUCUUAAAUGAACGUUGUUUUAAAAAUAUUUAAUACACAAUAAAUAUAUACAUACAUACAAUUUAGUGUUAAUUUAUAAAAAGUGCAAUACAAAUGUCUUAAAAACUAGAAGCCUGCGGUAACUAUAAAUGUGAAUAUUAAUAAUAUAAUAUUAUGAAGAGGCAGAAUGUUCGUACCCUAUCUUUGGUCGUUUGUACGUUUACAUAUUUGCUUAUUGGUGCGGCUGUCUUCGACUCUCUGGAAUCACACACUGAAGCGAAGAGAUGGGAUUUUUUGCAAGCUGUAAAAAACAAUUUCGUCAAAAAGUAUAAUGUUACUGCCGAAGACUAUCGGAUGAUGGAAAUAGUGAUCAUCGAAAAUAAACCACACAAAGCUGGACCGCAGUGGAAAUUUGCCGGUGCCUUUUAUUUUGCUACUGUAGUUCUGGCUAUGAUUGGUUAUGGACAUUCAACACCAGUAACAAUCGGUGGCAAAGCGUUUUGUAUGGCAUAUGCAAUGGUGGGCAUUCCGUUGGGCCUCGUCAUGUUCCAGUCGAUUGGAGAACGUUUGAACAAGUUCGCUUCGGUAAUAAUAAGACGGGCGAAACGUUAUAUGCACUGCUCUCAAACCGAGGCAACUGAAAUGAAUUUAAUGUUAGCGACGGGUAUGCUAUCGUCUAUCAUUAUAACCACUGGCGCAGCAGUCUUUUCACGCUAUGAGGGCUGGAGUUAUUUCGACAGUUUCUAUUACUGCUUUGUGACGCUCACAACCAUCGGAUUCGGUGACUAUGUGGCGUUGCAAAACGAUCAGGCGCUGAUCAAUAAACCCGGCUAUGUUGCGCUCAGUUUGGUGUUUAUACUUUUUGGACUUGCGGUAGUCGCUGCCAGUAUCAAUCUGCUGGUGCUUCGCUUCAUGACCAUGCAAGCGGAAGAUGCAAAGCGUAACGAACAGGAUGCUCAAGAAGCCGCGGCUACUGCUUUCUCCCAUCAACAGCUAGCCUACGAUGUGGAAUCCAGCAAUUUCAAUAUUCAUGGCAAAAUGUUACUAAACUCAAAUUAUACGACAGACUUGGAUGAAACUUUAUCAAUUUGUUCAUGCACUUGCCUUGGAGGCACAAAGUGCCUAAAUCAUGAACCAUUUGUCGAUCCUGAUUUUCGUCCUACUGAUAUCAUUGAGAGUACGCUGAGUUUGAAGCGUGCGUCGGUUUGAUAUAGGCAACAAAAUACUAAUGUUGAAUUGUCAUAUGUAGGAAAGCUAAUAGACAGAUGUACAUAGGGCAUUAAACAUGGUUGAAGAAUUGUAUGGUUAUGACAAGGUCAGUUAACAAUUUGUUUGGCUUCAGUUGUUAUUAUUUUUUCUUAACUGUUGGUCGCCUCUCGCACAUUAGUUUGUCGGGAUCUAAAAAUGUUCAGCAAUAGAUAAAAAAUUUACAUCACUUGGUUAUAAAAUAUAUAAUGCAAUGCAAUCUAAACUGACGCAAGUGGCGACUACUUGAAACUCAAUAUAUUGGACGAAUUUUCAUGAAAACUUAUAUAACACAUGUUGCAACUCAUUUACUCUCUUACAUAACACAAGACUUUCAAUUAGUUUAGGAAGUACGACCUAAAGUAACUUAUAGAAGGCAUUUUCGAAAAUAUGGAUAUAUGUAUAGUUUAAAGUGAAUUCUAAGUGUUUGUUUUUAAUACUUAAUCAACAAAAACUCAAAAGAGCAGUAACAUGAAUGUGUGUAUCUAUGAUUGUUUUUUUGGAAUUAUAUAAAAACAAUUUGCAAACUAUAAACAAUGUAACGUGUUAUCGACAUACAAAUGUACAUAAGAAACGUGAGAUAUACAUAUGAUUUGUUUAAGUUAUUCGGAUUCACAUUUAGAAUUGAGGAUUUUGAUCAGCAUAAAACAUACCUCAGUUUAGAUAAUACUGACUUUUUUGGGCGGGCAUACAGCAACGGCCAAAAAUCAUACAACUCUGGAAAACAUAUUUUUGGCGGACGAAGCCAGAAAGAAUCGUAUUGGCCCCCAAAAACGAAUCAUAGGGAGACCAUGAGAAAAUAAAAACAACGGACCAAUACACGAACCACAAAAAGAUCGUAAAGUUCAAUAGAGGAAAUCUGAAAAUCUGGCGGUCGUUUUAUAGAGUUGAAUAUACUCAAAAAUAGAAUGAAAAUAACAGACUUGAAUAUGCUCAAGAAUAGAAUGGAAACAUAA